CCCCGGCGCGCCCGGGAUGGCGGCCGGCGGGCGCUGAGCGGCUGCCAUGGAACCGGCCGCGCUCGGCCGCCUCCGGCGCCUCCUGCCCGCCGCCCCCUGGGCCCCGCGGCCCGGCCUCUGCCUGACGCCGUCCCGCGGUGCGCAGACGGCCGGCGGCGGAGCUGCGCGGGUGCGCCGCGACCUGUACGAGGUCCUGGGCGUCCCUUCGACGGCGACGGCGGCGCAGAUCAAGACCGCGUACUACGAGCAGUCGUUCCGGUACCACCCCGACCGCAACGCCGGCAGUGCCGCCGCCGCCGCACGUUUCACCGCCAUUAGCGAGGCUUACCGGGUGCUGGGCAGCGUUGCUCUGCGCCGCAAGUACGACCGUGGCCUCCUCAGCGACGAGGACCUACGUGACGCCCCCAAGCCCUCGGGCCGGCCGCCCGCCGCCCGCCCGCCGCCCGCCCGAGCGCCUCCCUCCGCUCGCCGUGGGCCCGUCCCGCCGCCCUUCAACUUCGACGCGUUCUACCGGGCGCACUACGGGGAGCAGCUGGAGCGGGAGCAAGUGCUGCGGGCGCGGCGGGAGCAGCUGCGCCUCCGCCGGGAGGAGACCGCAGCCCAGGGGCGUUUGCGACUACUCUCGGACGUCUCGGUCGGAGUCGUCUUUCUCCUAGCGUUUGCCAUUCUCUACGGCUUCAAGUGACAGCGGGGCCGUGCAGGCGGCGGGGCACCCACCCUGCCGCCACGGGAGGGAGUGUCAGCAGCGGGCACCCACAGCGCUGGCAAGGACUGCUCGUCAGACGGCGACAUUUCCCCUCUGCCGGUGUGACCUUCAGACACGGUACGUGGCCAGUGGGCUCCUUGUGUAGGCUCUGUGUCUCAGUGUGACCUUCAGAGAGAGCACACAACCACCCAGCUCUGUGCGUGGGCUCAGCUCCGUGGACUGUGACCCUCUGGGGGCCUGAUUACAGGCAUGAAGUGCAGCUGGUGGGCAGUUCCGUGGCUGCGAUGUGACCCCUGCAGGUGUGACCCGCAGACAGCGUGCGACCACUGGAUACCACGCGUGGGCUCUGCUCCACAGGCUUCGGUGUGCCUCUGCUGCCAGUGUGACCUUGCAGAGGUGAUGCAGAAGUUCAGGCUGCAGUGUACCCCCUCCGCCAGCAUGAGCUACAGGCACGCUGCCUGGCAGGUAAAUGCAGUUCAUGGACUCUGGACUCUGACACAUCCCUCCCAUCUGACCCUGGUGGGAGCCACGUGCCUGUUCUAAGCCACAGCAGAGAUUAAACAGCUGUCAGUGGUGUUUGUGUGCUGUGUGUGUUCCUGGGGGGUACUCUCCAUCCAUCGGUGCUGAGCUGUGGCUUUCUCUGACAGUUUCCUGUCAAUCCAGCACCUGCCACCUCUGUGCUCUCACACUUGUUACUCCAUUUUGGGGGAAUUUUAGGAAUGUCUGGCUCCAAACUGCAUCACUGCCCUUCUCUGGCCCUGCUCAGGCCUUGCCUCGCUGCAUGGUGAGUACAGACGUCUUGGCUGCAGCAGCCUGGAAGAAGGAAAGCUGGGUCCCUCUGGUAGCACAUGUCCUGUCAGCAUGUGGCAUUGCCUGGGGGUGCUGCCCAGAGCACUUCUGUCUUCAGAGAAGCUUGUCUAGGGCUUGCCAGGAGCUUUACAUGACGUCAUCCCACACAGGCCACUGUGGCUGAGUGUGGGACACCUCUGAGCACUGAGUGGCAUAACUUGUGUUUUACAGCUACCUGAGCAUCAUUUGCACAUAAGAGUAUUUGCCUAUUUAAGUACUGAAGUAUUUUAAGAACUGAAGAUUGUAUCCCUCAGAACUUCUGUCUUGGGUGAAGGUACCACCUGUGCUCUGCUGGUACUACAUGGAGUGAGUGAAGCUUCAUGGUAUUGAACUCCUGAAUGUGCCAAAGACUUCGUCUGCUUUACUUUGCACUGGAGUUGCUGGGCCUGGCUGGCAGCUGUCUGCACAGGAGCCAGGCCCUCACCUCUCACUGCAGUGACCCUUGGUUUUGUUUUCUCCCAACACAAGAAUAUUAAAAUUAAAUGCCCUGUGCUCUCCAGCUGCAGAGUCCUGUGACACUGGGCUGAGCCUAAGGCAGAAGUAUGGCAGGCAGUGCAACAUCUGCUGGUGUAGGGUGCAUGCAGUGUGGGAGAGCUUCUCUGUAGCACUUCCAGCUGCAGACUCCAAGCUGCUGUGUGUCUGGAGCAAGCAGCUCGUGGGCAGAGAAAGCUUUCCAGGAUCCUGGUUGUCAGUCCAUCUCUGUGUGGGAUUACAGUGCUGAAGUGUCAGCGCAGGAAGAGCAGGAAGCCUCCUGAAUUGUGGCUCUGUGUCACAUGCAGAUGCAUUUCUGUGCCAUAAACCAAGUCACCUGAAAGACUUGUCAGUUUCUCUGGAAAACUUCGGGAGGAAGUGUUCUCUUCCAGGCUGGAAAAGCUAGGGAUGUUCAUGGGAAGCAGUGGAUACUAAGGAACACUUGUCUAGUUCCUGGUGUCAUGGCUGGCAGGUUUUUAAGGCAGCCAGGCUGAACACAAGAUGUCCUCUGGAUUGAUCUUAAGCCUCUCUGGGGCCGUGGAUUGCUCCUGCUGGCAGGCUCCAUAUCCAGCCCUGAGCCAACUUCGUGGCAGAGAGAGGGUCUGUUGGGGAGCAGUGUGGAGCAGGAGGAUCAGGCUAGCUGGUGUGCUGCAUCACUGCCCCAUAACACUGGGACAGGGAAAGAGCUGCUCCAGUAAGCCAGCUGGGCUGACUCCUGUGCUGUGCUUGGUGCUUGUGUCUGAAAUUGGGGAGGGUGAACCAGGCACCAAAACUGGGUUAAUCCAUGUGCCUUGCAGUGGGUGAGUUGGACAGUUCUUAUUGCUCAUUCUUCCUUUUCUUCCUCAUGUCUUUUCUUCCUCAUGUAUCUUGACCAUUAAAGAUAUCCAGCCAUAAA